GAAAACGGUUCGGUUAUACUGUCAACGGCACUUCAUAAGUAUGGAAGGAAACUACGUCGUUCAAACGGAAUAUGGUAAGGUUAGAGGAGUCUUACACACAUCACAAUUGGAUGUUCCAUACAUCCAAUUUCUAGGAAUUCCUUAUGCUGCACCGCCAGUCGGUAGUAUGAGAUUCAAGCCGCCACAAAAACCACCAUCGUGGGGUGAAAAUGUUCUUGAUGCGAACAAGGAAAUGUCACCAUGUCCAGCCAAAAAUGUGUUCACUCAAACGUUUGUCGGCUCGGACGAUUGCCUAUACUUGAAUGUAUUCACAAAGACCUUAAAUCCGAAGAAACCGCAAGCCGUUAUGAUUUUCAUACACGGUGGUGGCCACUUUUCGGGGUCAAGUUCUCUGGACAUUUACAGUCCUGAUUACAUGUUGUUAUCGGAUGUCGUUGUUGUCACUUUCAAUUAUCGUCUCGGUCCUUUCGGCUUUCUGUCGUUGAAAGACAAAUCUCUAAAUGUGCCUGGAAACGCUGCUCUGAAAGACCAGCAACUGGCGAUGAAAUUUGUGAAAGACAACAUUCGCAAUUUCGGUGGAGACCCAAACAACUGUACACUUUUCGGUCAUAGUUCGGGAGCAACAUCCGUCAGUUUGCACUGUUUGGCAGAAAGCUCAUGUGGUCUUUUUGAUAGAGCCAUAAUUAUGUCAGGAUCGCCCUUUGCUCAAGAAGCCCAAUUUCCGGAUGAAAACUACCCACUAAAGUUAGCUAAAAUGCUCGGGUUUGAUGGGGAAAGUGAGGUGGAGUUGCUAGCAUUUUUGAACGAUGCAGACGUCUUAAGUGUAGCCGAAGUACAGCACUCACUGGUUGACAGUAAAGGGAGCAAAUUCGCGCCUAUGCCAUUCGGUCCAUGUAUUGAACCAUACGAAAGUGACACGAGUUUUAUGCUGAAAGCACCAAUGGAUUUAUUGACUUCCGCUUGGAGUAAUUCGAUUGAUAUAAUUAUUGGUGCAACGUCUGACGAAGGAUUACAUUGUAGACCAGAGUUCGAAAAAAGUUCAAAUUUCAAGGCUAUCAUUCCGAAUGAGCUGAAAUUAGCGGUGGACGAGCAGAAGCUGGAAGAGUUUGCAGUUCGUUUGAAGGAAUUCUAUCUGACGUUAUUCCCUUCUGAAUUCGAAGCCUAUCAAAAGUUUAACGGCGACCAAUUUCGCUGGAUAGCAUUGCAACGUUUUAUACACGCACGACGCAGCUGUAACGCAAGUGGUCGGACAUUUUUAUACCGAUUUGCAGUCGACUCACUAACACAAAACCAUUAUCGUAACCGCUGGAUCGGUCCAGGCGUUAAGGGAGUUGUCCAUGCUGACGACCUGUGUUAUCUGUGGAAGAGCAAUCAAGGUGAUGUUCCUAGUCGGGAUACCAUCGAAUUCAUCAGCAUUUUGAGAUUUACAACAUUACUCACUUCAUUUGCGAUUACCGGCGAUCCGAACUCGAACGUUCUGGAUGUGGACCUUGGUUCAGUGAUCUGGAAACCGGUUUCUGUUGCACCAUAUGAAGGGCUCAAUAUUGAUAGGACAUUGGAGUUCAGUGUUUUGGAGGAGUCAAAUCGUCUUAAGUUACUCGAAUCGUUGUAUGAGGAAGCGUCAGUUCGACUUCAUUAACCCGUCACAGACGGCAAUCAUAUCACUAGUACAAUGGUCGAAUCUGUGACUUCCAAUCAUCAACUAUUUUCAAGGGCAGAAUCGUCGACUUCCUUUGCUCAAACAUAAGUUUUGCUAUAUAAGACUGCAUUAGAAAUAGCUCAUCAUUUACUGUUGUAGUAGAUAACAAAUUAACAGGUUAAGAAGUACGGAAGGCUUUUCUAUUUGAUUUCGUCAGCAUCCUGUAUUAACCAAAUGCUCUUUAACUU